AGUAGUAGUUAGUAGUAUUUAUUUUAAUCAAUUUUGGCAGAAUACAAUAGUUUAUAUAUUUUAUUGAAUGUAUCAGAGUUGUAAAUUAAAUACAGUGGCUUAGUUUUUGUUGAGGUUAUAUAAGUAAUAAAACAAUGAACGCUUUGUGGAGGCGUAGUGUAAUCAGUGCCCGUCGUAUAAUAUUUAACAAUUAUUGUAAUAAACAAUCAAUUUUAUUUAACAAUUUUUGUUCCUUGCAAACACUUAAGCCUAAUAACAUAACCGUAAAUAAUGUAACCUAUAGUAUUAUUCGACAAAAAUCUAAAAAGCAAAGAGAUAUUGACUCAGAUGAUGAGGAAGAAUUUGAUGAAGGAGAUAAAUCUCUCUCAAAAGACUCAAAAGUUAUCAAACUUAACACAACAUCUUUAAGAGCAGAUGGUAUAUUAAAAUUAGGACUAGGAGUAUCACGGAAUAAAAUUGAACAAUUCUUUUAUGAAAGUAAAAUAAGGUUGAAUGGUAAAAAGUUGUUAAAGAAAAGCACAUCUAUAAGAAUUGAUGAUGAAGUUGAUCUUAUCAAAGGAUUUAGUCCCAAAAAUCCAGAACACAUUUUAAUAUCUAGGAUAGAAGUUCUUAAUAUUGCUGCCAAAGAGGAAUCAAUUUCUGUGACUGUAAGACGGUUUAAGAAUUUAUUGAUAGAAAAUUAUGAACAGGAUCCAUAUAAAAAAUCAAGUACAGAUGAUGAAGAAUAAAAUCUUGAAAUUUCAUACACAUAUUUACUGUGAAAUCAAUAUGCUUUCAUGAAAUUGUUAAAAGUUAUAGAUUUAUAAUUAAAUACAAUUAGGUUAUCAUGA